AUGGCAGAUGAAGCUGAAAGAGCAGUGAGGGAAUUUGGCCCCCCAGUGGCAACUCCCUCAGCGAUCCGACGUCCUUCUAUUGCAGCCAACAAUUUUGAGAUCAAGCCAGCCAUGAUCACCAUGCUACAGAAUUCAUCCGUAUUUUGUGGUCUGCCGAAUGAAGAUCCAAAUAUACAUCUUGCGAUAUUUUUGGAGAUUUGUGACACAUCCAAGUUCAAUGGGGUAUCUGACGAUGCGAUUCGUUUAAGGCUAUUCCCCUUUUCCUUGAAGGAUAAAGCCAAGCUUUGGUUACUGUCACAGCCACAAGACUCCAUCCGUACUUGGGAUGAUUUAUCCAAGAAAUUCUUUGCUAAAUUUUUCCCACCAGCCAAAACUGCAAAAUUCCGACAAGAUAUUAUGUCAUUCGCUCAGUAUGAUAAGGAGCCUUUAUAUGAAGCUUGGGAACGAUUCAAAGAUUUGUUGCGCAAGUGCCCUCACCAUGAGCUACCAACCUGGAUUCAAGUUCAAACUUUCUACAAUGGGUUGAGUCAAACAAGCAGGACACUAGUUGAUGCAGCUGCUGGAGGGGCUUUAAUGGCAAAAACGGCUACUGAAGCAUUUGAAUUAUUGGAGACCAUGGCAUCCAACAACUACCAAUGGCCGAGUGAGAGAAUGAAUCCGAAGCCAGCUGGGGUCUUGGAAGUCGAUGCUAUGGCUUUGCUAAAAGCAAAAAUUUCUAACCUUACUAAAAAAGUUGAUUCUUUGAGUGUUAAUGCUAUAAACACUAAUACUAAUUUUGGUUGUGAUUUUUGUGCAGGUCCUCAUCCAAGUUCAGAUUGCACCACAGGGAACCCAUUCACGUCUGUUGAGCAAGUCAAUCAGGUUGGAGAAUUUAAUCGACAAAUAAAUAAUCCUUAUUCCAAUACAUACAACCCCGGUUGGCGAAACCAUCCAAAUUUUUCAUGGAGCAAUACUCAGAAUGUGCAGAGACCACCACCUGGCUUUCCAACUCAAGAGAAGAAAGUAAAUUUGGAAGAUGCGCUUACUCAGUUGACUACGUCUACCACCCAAUUUAUGACUGAAACAAAAACCCAAUUUCAAAAUCAGAGCGCUUCUAUUCGGAAUUUGGGGGUGCAA